GCGGGGGCUGCCCCGGGGAGCGGAGAGGCGGGGGAGAGGACAACAAGCGGAACAACUUCUGCAAAUUAAAAAAGGAAAGGAGAGGGGAAAAAAAAGUAAAAAGAGGGUCGUUCGUGGGACAUCUUCGAAGCUCAGCAGCACGCGUGGCGUCCAAGCCGCAGUGAAACCCUCCACGCCAGUGAAUCCCACCACAGUGACAAGAAGAAAGCUGGCAGUGGCCACUGCGCCCAAGUAUCGCAGGUGUUAGAGUCGUCUUGGCUUUCUGGCUGGAAGAUGAUUCCUGCAACAGAACCAUGUUGCUGAUGAUAAACCGCAGGGUCGUUGGAAGAUGCCUUCCUUGAGGAUUACACCUGGAGAAAGCCCAUCAGUCAAGGGGAGAGCUGGCUGGUGAAACUGUCUGACUUUCCCCCCCACCGGGGAAGUGGCUUCAAUGGCUCCAUCUCCCAGGAGAAGCAGUAGGAAAGAUGCCAACACCUUGCCAAGCAUGUCUUCAACUUUCUGGGCUAUCAUGAUCCUGGCCAGUCUCCUAAUCGCUUACUGCAAUUUUAACAGCUAUUUUGGAGCGGAUAACCCUCAAUGGCUGUAUAUGAGACAUUGCCCGGGGUGCUUCCAAGAUGCUUUUGAGCUGGGUCAACUGGCUGCAGGUACAUGUGAGAUUGUUACUUUGGACAGAGAUAGCAGUCAGCCCCGAAGGACUAUAGCCCGACAAACAGCUCGCUGUGCAUGUAAAAAAGGACAGAUUGCCGGUACAACAAGAGCAAGGCCAGCAUGUGUUGAUGCACGAAUUAUCAAAACAAAACAGUGGUGUGAAAUGCUUCCAUGUUUAGAAGGAGAAGGCUGUGAUUUGCUAAUCAAUAAAUCAGGCUGGACCUGUACGCAACCAGGAGGACGGAUAAAGACAACCACGACUGAAGACCAGCUGGAAAUGUCCUGAGGCCAUGGUCUACUGGUCUGAGCUUGGGACUGGGAGCCAGAAACUCCUGAGCUCUAAUCCCGGCUCUGACAGUGACUCCCUCUGUGGCCUUGGGUUUUCUGAAAUACAAACAAGAAUUUCCUUAGCUCUUUGUGAAGCAGAGGAAUGCCUGGGGCAAAGGAUGUGGAAAAGGGAAAAGAGCAAAGAGGUCUCCUGACAAAUGCAGCAACACAGAAUCCUCGUAGGAGUGGUUUAGGCUCUCUGUGAGCUACUUAACUUAGUCAAGUUUCACUGCUGUUGAUCAUCAUCCGUUAUAUGUCAUCAACUCAACUGUCUGUUUCUCUGUAUCUCAUGAGUGACAGCAUAAUUCCUCUACAUUAUGAGCUAAAGUUUGUUCUACCAUUCUAAGGAUCACUGGACUAAGGAAUACAGAAAAAGAGAUAUGCUUGGGCAUUAGCAAUACAAACAAGUUCAUGGUUAACGUUUCAUCUGCGUUAUACACCACUGCUGGACUUGCUGUUACCUACAUGUUUCAAUCCGAAGAGUCUGCUACAAUGAAGAGUAUCAUCCCAAUCAGCCUUAGAGAAGACUGUUUUGCCUAUGGGAGGACACUGAGGUGCAAAAGAGAAACUCUUCUUGUGCCCUAAACUGUCUGAAUUGCUUUUAUUUUCUUAUACUUUCAGUAUAUACAAUAGACCAAAGAGCAAAAUCUAUUUUAAAGUGGACACAAUCUUACUCUUAACAGAAUUAUGUCAUUUAAUUGAAGGAGGUCUCCACAAACAUGAUUCCAGCUUUCAAAAAGAUGAAAUGUUGUUGUCCAGCAGAAGUCUUUACGGAAAGCUGCAGUAAAAACUAACUCAGAGACCUGCUCUUGAAAUGGCACGUUCAAGAGAACAUUAUGGAGCACUGAGAGAAAAUGACCUAUGUUUGAAAAACUUGGACAAAAGAACACAAACUGUCUACACGGCACCUUUAUUCCUCUGUACUUAGAUUGACUUUCUCGUACUAAAAUCAUUUUCAGUUUUAACCAGUUAAACAUGCCUCUUCUACAGUUCCAUUUUUGAUAGUUAAAGUUGGAUAAUACAGUAUUUGCAAAGAGCAUGUUUGGUCAUCUGUGGCCUAUGUCUCAUCUGAUACACCAUUUAGCACCAGAAAGCAAAUUAAAGAGAAAACAAAAGUAACAUUUGUUUGAAAGAGAUCAUUAAAUGUAUUUUGAAAAGCCUAAAGUUAUAUAUUUAACAGUUUUUAUAUGUUGUAUAUUUGUAGAAAAUCCUAUUUAACAAUUAACGUGAUAACUCUGACAGUCAUGACAAGUGGUUCAGAGUUAAGUUGUGUUUUAUUACUUCAGUUGUCUCUGAAGUGACUGGUGUCGUUUGCUUUCUUCCAUGGGGACAUUCUGGAUGUAAAGCAUGACCAGAGAGGACUGUGUAGAAAAAGCAAAGAAUAAUGUUGUUUAUAUUACAUAAAUGCAUUCAACCAUUGCACUGUUGGAAGGCAUUUUUAUUUUUAUUUUAUUUUUAUUUUUUGUCUUUAUGUACUGAUAAAAAUAGAGUGUAAAAUAUUUUACUCAUUGCUCUUCAUAGCAAGGUUUGUUUUUCUUUCUUUCUUUCUCUUUCUCUCCCCUAUUUUAUGUAAGGGUCAGUUUGAAGCCUGUUCCUUGAUCUCAUUUUCAGUGUUUUACCUCAUUGUUAGAAAGUCCACUUUUUCGGCAUUAUUGGUUAGUGAAAAUUUAGCAAAGACAGCAUAGACAAGGGAGAAAUUUUGACAAAACAGAGAAACAAAACCUUGUUCCCUUUUACCUUACCUUUUGGCAUAUAGGUUUGGUACAUAUUGGUAUGAUGCAAUCAACAAGGGAGCUUAAUUUCUUCCUGGCAAAUGUGUUAUGGUUUCAAGUAUACUACCUAAUACUCAAAUUAACUUUUAGUGUUAUGCUCGUUCUGUUCUACUAAAGAAAAAUAUAUAGAGAUUAUUCAAGUGACCAUAGAUGAGAGAUACAAAAAUGAAAAGUUGAUAAAAGAAUUUUUUUUAAAGCCUGCUCAAACGCUGAGGCUUAUUUAAUGCAGAGGUUGCAGGAAACAUGACCUAUAUUGUAUCAGUUUGUCUUCAAGUAAAAUAAAUAUAUACAAAAUUCUUAUUUAAUCAUAGGAUUUUGACCAGUAUCAAAGUAGCAAUUAAAGCCCAGCCACUUGUAAAGUGUAAUGGACUGACUGCACUAUAAAUGACCAAUGUCAGGUUUAAAAUGUCAUGCAAUAAAUGAUGGUAAAUACAUUUACUGUACAUGUAGACCUCAAGAGCCAGAUCCUUCACUCUACCAACUCUCUGUUUUGAUUUAUUUUAAAGGGAGCGUAGUAGCCUUAUUUAGUAAACACAGAAAAAUGAAAGAUGUUACAUCAUUUUUGUUGCUUUACAGUAUUCAGUUUUGUGUUGGUUCAGCUAAAUUAUGAAAAAUAAAGAAAAUCCUUUUCUAAGUGAGACUUGUUCCCUGAGCAUGACGUCACCAAAGGAAUUUCACCAGAUGAUAAGGUGGGAGCACAGAGAGGAAGAUGGAAUUGUAAAUUGAGGACGUGGGUUGUGUUUUGAAGUUUUACCUUUCCAUUUUCAUGUCUUGGGUACCUUCAUUUUGGUAUGCUUAGUUACAGAUCAUAUUAAGGUCAUUUAUUUUCUGGAAAUCAGAUCCUCUAGGAACUCGGGUAUCUAAGAAUGUACAUUUGAAAUCUUUACAUCUAAAAUCAUACAUUCCAAUCAGUUUUGAAUAUGCAAUCUUAUGUCUUUGUUUUCUAAGCACUUUAAAAGCUCAACAAAAGGUAGAUGUACGUUGUUUAUAAGGUCCGCUCUGGAGAAGAACUAUCAAAGGCAAAAGAUUCUGAUUAUUCU